CACAUUUUCCCUAUGUCAUACGGUAAAACAAAGUUUGGAAGCCAUUUUGGAACUGAAUAUUAAUGACUUAAGUCAUGUGACGUGAUGACAUCACUCAGAGGACCCCUGAAGACCAGCCAAGUUGAAGGUAAGUUUAAGAUUUUGCUCCCACAUUUCAGGUAAUUUCACCUUUUCCAGGUGUGUUACCAUGUGUCACAGAUUUGGGUGUCAUAGGGUCAAACGUCAAAAAAGGGUUUAAUAAAAUUAAAAUUUGAAAAAAUAUUGAUUUACAGGUGAAAUAUAAAGUUUAAAAGUCAAGGUAAAGUGUAAUGGUGGAAGGAGGUGGCCAAGCAACUGCCUGUUAUAAAUGACAAAGCAUGAAACUGUCAUAAGGGCAAACAAAAAAUGUCAUACGGACAAACGAUUUUACCGUAUGACAUGUUGUUAUACCAUAUGACACAGAGCAUUUAACUGAAUUAUUUAGUUAUUUCUUAAUUGUUUUAUCACAUAUAUAGUUUGUACAACUACUAUGAAUUAAUAUUAACAUAUAUAAUAUAUUUCUGCCUAUUUCAAGCAUUUUUUCACAUUAUUACAGAUGCCUCUUUCUAGUAAGGAGAGGGGUGCACGUUUCCGUGCAAAGCAAAGGGCAGAUCCUGCAGCUAGAGAGGAGAACCUAGCUAAGAGGAGGGAAAGGCAACGGCAGAGGAAACAAGCUGGACAGGGUGAUUAUUAUCGUGCUGUCAAAGAGUUGACAGUAGCUGCACAUGCAAAGAGGACGGAACAGUGGAGACUCAACCAGAGACGAUGCAGAGAGAAAAAGAGGCAGGUGGAGGCAUUGAUGAAUCUGACACCAGUGUCUGAGGACUCUUUUGUGGACGAACACCAUGACCAUCCUGGGCCGUCUCAACACUCCUCACCACCUGGGCCGUCUCAGCACUCCUCACCACCUGGGCCACACUGUUCAACUCCUCAUAAACCCCUAAAGAAAACAACCUCCAGCAGUCGAACAAGGGUACGUAUAAAGAAACUGAGAGAGGAGAUAAAACAGCUAAAAAAGGAUGUUGUAAGAGAAAAGAGAAGAGCAGAUAGAUUUCGCAAGAAAGCCAACAGGGUGAUGACAGCAAAAUACAGAAAAGCAAGAAAAAACAUGUCAACAAAGGUUUUCAGUAAGGGGCCAGCAAGAAGACAGAGUGUGGUGGAGUUCCUCACUAGAGAUGAGAACAGCCGUCUCCUAGCUGGAAAAAAGGACACAGUAUCAAAGGUUAGGGUCAAAGAACAGCGUCGGGUGUUGACAAAGUCUUUAAAAGAGCUUCAUAAAGACUACAAUGCAGAGGCAGGAGAGGGACGGGCAGUGUCAUACCGGCAGUUUGUCCGCCUCUGUCCAUUUUAUGUAACUGAGCCAAAGGCUAUUGACCGAAACACCUGUGCCUGCAUAGACCAUGAGAAUGUAAGCCUUCUACUCGAGAAACUACACCAGAGUGGCCUUGUUGCCAGUAGAAGUACUUCUGAAGCACUCGCGCACAUUGUGUGCGAUUUGAAAAGUAGGGCGUGUAUGUUUAGGCUGUGUGCGAAGUGCUGCUAUAACGAUAUGGAGCUACUCCUACCAGACAAAACCCGCCAGGUGUCAUGGAGUCAAUGGGAGAGGGAGAAGGUCUGCACUGAAGGUAAAACCUAUUCACAUUUUGUGAAGAAAACUCUGACUGGGACGUGGGAGGAUCUCAUGAAGAGUUUCAAUGAAAAAUGAAAAGGCGUGCCAGAUGGUGUUGGUGGCUCAAUGAAAAGGAUUGCCGAUGCAUUUGUGCUUUAAGGAGGUGAUAUCCAACACCCUGAAGAGUUGUUUUCCUUUCUGACAAAAGCAAAUUCGAGUGUGAAAUUCCAUUGGGUGUCAGAGGCUGACAUCGCCAGGGUGGAUGAGGCUGUGCCAGGUGCUUUGCCAGUAGUCAGAGGCACUUUGGGUAUUCAUCAAGUGACAACAAAUACCCCUGGCAAGAUCUUCUACAGAGAACUGUCCUGUUUUUGCCAUCGAAUGGGACUUUCCUGUGAAUGUGAAUCACCCUCAGUCUUAGAUUAUAAUGCUGAAAAAGCUGCACCCUCCACCACCAUUCCGGCACAAGAGGACAUGGCUGGAAAGAUGGUUAUAGUCUCUUAUGACAAAAAGCCUUUUGUUGGGCAGGUACUGAAGAUCAUCGGGGAAGAAAUCGAGGUCUCCUGUAUGCAACAGUCUGGGACGAAGAAUUGCUUCAUAUGGCCCCAAACCCGAGAUGUGCUCUUUUACUUCCAAUCAGAUAUCAUAGCUGGCAUCUCAGAACCAGAACCAUCAACCAGUCGAAGCUCAAGAUUGUCAUCUGAGGACUGGGAAAGAUUCAUAUCGGUCUGAAAAGUAUAAGAAUGACCAGCUCUUUGUGGUAGUGGUGUGCGUGUGCAUUGAUUGGGGGACGGCGAUGUUUGUUCAUCAAGAAUAACAGGUUUGUCUUAAUUUGAAAUGGUUUAGUAAAGUGAUACAUUUUGUUGUAGCUGAAAGGCAAAAAACUGUGUGAGGAGUUAUACAUUUGAUGAAAAAUAAUGUUACUGUUUGUCUCCACAAUGUUACUGUUAUACGUUUUUCAUGAAAAAGUGAUGAAUCUUUUGAUAUGAGCUAUUACUGUAAAUUAUAUGAGAUUAGGUUGUUCAUAACCUUUUGAUAGCAGACAUGAAUGUUACUGUUCUUUUUUAACUGAAUGUUAAAAACUGAAUUUUUCACAAGUUAUCUAACUGUUGUAAAUUAUAUGAGAUUAGGUUGUUCAUAACCUUUUGAUAACAGACAUGAA